AUGGCAGACCCAGAUGUCAACCCCUCCUUGGCGAGGAAUCCCCCGUCAUCCCAACGAGCUCUACUGUCAGGAGCCAUCUCCGGCAUCGCGGUGGACUUCAUGUUCUUCCCGCUCGAUACCAUCAAGACGAGAGUACAGUCCACUCAGGGCUUCAUCAAGAGCGGAGGGCUCAAAGGGGUGUAUCGGGGGGUAGGGAGUGUGGGGAUGGGCAGCGCGCCAGGCGCAUCGGCCUUCUUCCUGACAUAUGAGAAUCUAAAAGAGGUCUUCCCUCGCUCAAUACCGCUCCUUCGAGACUCGCCAAGUCUGAACCACAUGAUAUCGGCCUCGGGCGCAGAGUUCGUAUCAUGCCUCAUCAGGGUCCCGACUGAGAUUGUCAAAUCGAGGACGCAGACUGGCGCGUAUGGCCAAGGGAGCAGUAGUAUCCACUCGGCGAUGAGUACGUGGAAAUUUGAGGGUAUCAGGGGAUUCUACCGAGGUUUUGGGAUCACCAUAGGACGUGAAAUACCGUUCACGUCAAUACAGUUCCCGUUAUACGAGUUCCUCAAGACCCAGCUGUCUCGGCGAUACCUUGACGGUCGGAGACCUUCACCCGCACAAGCUGCGGUGUGCGGUAUGAUCGCAGGUGGAUUUGGCGGGGCGGUGACUACACCAUUAGAUGUCGUCAAGACACGAGUCAUGCUGGAAGCAAAGCUGACUCUUCAGACGAGUAUGCCAGAUCCCACAUCCUCUACUCCACAGCCGCGCAUACGAUCCCCAUCCGUCCUUUCAUUCCCUCCUCGUCUGAUGGCCAUCCUCCGCGAAGAAGGCGCAAGCGCACUUUUCCGAGGGUGGAUACCAAGAACAAUCGCUAUAUCGCUGGGCGGUGCAGUGUUUUUGGGGAUCUAUGACUGGGCGGUCAACUUCCAGCGGAAUGACACUGGUGUAGAAGUAGACAGAUGA